AUGUCUGCACCACGAAAUAAAUUGUCUGGUGCUGCUUUCCGAAAGAAAAGAAGGCUCCAAGAAGAAGACACUUCUAAAAUGGCUGGAUCAUUAAAUAGGUUCUUUAAACCUGAUCCAGUACUAAAAGCUGUAAGCGAGACUAAAGAGAAUCGUGAAGCUGUAGAUGUCGAACCACACCCUUCUACUUCAACUACUACUGUGGGCGAACAUUCUUUGGGCAUAGAAAGUGAUACAAACACUGAGGAAGAGAGUUCACAGAAAUCAUCAUCAUCAGAAGAUGAAAAUGGAAAAAGCACGCUGGUAGACCUCUUUGAUCCAGCUGACUGGCCUGAAAUGCUUACUAGCUCACUAAAAGAAACCAUCGUUCUGAAAGGUCCGGCAAAGCCAAAAGAGCACUUUGCAUUUCCUAAAGAUGCAUCCAAGAGACGGUUUACAUCAACCCACUAUAGACGGCGCCUUGGAAAUGGUGAAGUGGCUUAG